UGUCAGUAUGCCAAAGGUAGCCGAAGGGAACGCGAUCAGAGAAUGGCUGCAGUAACGGAUGAUUUUGUGAACAAGUGCGAGAUAAAGCAGAAUGACACGCUGGGCAGGUUUGUGGUUGCCCGGUGCAAUCUUCGAGCUGGCGAGACCCUGCUGCUGGAGAGUCCCAUCGUGGUGUUGCCCCAAAUGGGCGAUCGUCGCUGCUCCAAGUGCUUCAAGCUCACCGAGAGCUUUUGCAGAAAGUGCCGUCUUUUGGCCUUGUGCGAGGAUUGCGAGGAUCAUGACGUGCGCAAUUGCCAGAGGCUUUCUGAGCUGGAGCUUUCGGAGGACCAACUGGCGGUUCUCCAGGGAAAGGAGCACACCGAAGUCCAGGCAGCCCUUAAGUGUCUGCUUCUGAGGGAGCACCAAGAAACCCAACCCUUGUACGAGGAGAUGACCCAAAUGGAAGCCCAUCUGGCGGCUAGAAAGGGCACCGACAUUUGGAAAACGUACCAGGAGCAUGCCUUUGCUCCUUUGGAGAAUGGCGGAGUGCUGAAACAACUGCGUGGCGGUGCGGACGAGGAGCUGGUGCAGGGCCUACUGGGUAUCCUGGACAUCAAUGCCUUUGAGAUAAGGGCUCCAGAACCGGGAGGCUCCAUACGAGGAUUGUACCGGAGGGCGGCACUUUUUUCCCACAGCUGCAUGCCCAACUUGCAGACCGCCAUCGACGACGAGCGGCGGAUUAAGGUCUUCUCCAAUCGGUUCAUUGCCGCCGGGGAGAUCCUCUACAACUGCUACACCAACGUGCUCCUGGGCACAGAGGAGCGUCGACAAAUCCUCAGGGAGGGCAAGUGCUUCGACUGCACCUGUCCGCGUUGCCAGGAUCCCACCGAACUGGGCACCCACAUGAGCAGUUUCAUCUGCAGCCACUGCUCCUGCCGGGGGGGCUACAUAGUCCGUCAGAGGGAGACGGGAACCUGGCAGUGCCUCCUCAAUCCGGAGCACUCGCUGAAACAGGAGUUUGUAUCGAACAUGCUGGAGCGGGCUAAGGAGGAAAUAUUCCAUGCCAGGGAUGAUAUAUACAGGCUGGAGCUUCUGUUGGCCAAAUUGACCCGCCUUCUGCAUGGGAAUCAUUUCCUAAUGCUGGACAUAAAACAAAACAUUGCCUCUAUCCUUCGGCAGAUCCUUCAGAACAUAACGCACCGGCCAAAUAAGAAGGUCUACGAGAGGAAGAUCCGUUUGUGCCAGGAGAUACUACUCGUGCUCAAGGUGAUAGCUCCUGGCGUCUCCAGACUAAAGUCUAUCGCUCUCUAUGAACUGGCCAACACGCAGGCGGAACUGGCCAGAAAACUGUUCAGCGAGCAGGAACAGAGUUCCAGGGAUCUAGUGGUGGAACUGGAACAAGUUGAGGUCAUGCUAAGGGAAUCGCUGCGAAUGCUUUUAUUUGAGCCCUUGGCCACUCCAGAAGGUCAGCUUUCGCGCACCAUGCUCCGCGAGUUGAAGGAGCUGCAGGAUGAUAUAAAAACUGUUCGAAAAUCGAAUGACGAUGUGGGUAAUCAGUAAAAGUACUCGCUUGGGCAGUUGAAAAUUCUUUUUGAAUUAAGUAAUGGUUAUCGUUUCUUAUAUGGAAGCAACAUGAUUUAAAUUGCCUUAUUAAAAA